AUGACCUCCCGACCCCCCUUGGGCGUCCAGCAGCGACAGCCCCAGAGAUCGCUGAGCGGCGGUGGCCUGUCGCAACGGCCCGCCCACCAGCGAACCCUCUCACAGCAGUAUCUGCCCCCGUCUCCCAUACGCAAGGAGACCUUCCUAGACUUCUCAGACAACCGAAGCGAUGUCGCACAAACUCAGUAUGGCACGCCUCGGAGGGGAGGCUCGCGGCUCAAGCUGGAGCUCUCCAACAAUCCCAUCACCGAGACCUCCAUCAUCGAGUCCCCCAACGCAAUCGAUUCGUCGACCAGGGUGUUCACGCCGUCCCGUGUCAUGCCUCUGACUGAUGCUUCCGAACUGGGCGAAAUGAGUCCCCGGAACUCGACGAGAGGUCAAGCGGUCGACGCCGAUGCGGCUCCCUUACCAAUGCCCAAACGCCGGCCACGCUUUGCCCUCCCCACCGCAGGCCGGGAUUCGAAUAUACUCCCCCCGGCGCCAGUCAAGAAGGACCCUCGACCUAAGCCAUAUAACCUCGAGGUUCCUUCUGCCGCGCCUCGCUACCAAGUACACCAUCUAGAAAAUAAGCCGCAGGGCAAGUCGGCCGCGGCGAGCCUCACCACGAACAAUGUCACGCAACCUAUCACCGGAUAUGCCGACUUCUUUGCAUGGAGUGGGGACCAUCCCGAGGACCAUUUUUCUGAAUCGGUAAUCAGGCAGGGCUUCUUUGACAAGGCCCCAAUCUCGCAGACUGAAACCUCUUCGGCGAAAGGUGCUCUAUUCCCAGCAUUGAAGCACAAAAGUGGCCUCCACGCACUGUCGACUGUCUUCACCGGGGUGCUGGCCCAGAGAAGACACAGCGGUCAGAUCAACUCGCCUUCGACCUUCAAGCCGCCGCCCCGAGUCACACUUACCGAUACGAAGAGGGAAGUGUGGUUGAAGGACCUGGCGAACCCGGCGAUCUCAUUGAGACGUUUGAGCCGCACGAUACCCCACGGCAUCCGAGGCAAAGUUCUGUUGGACCAAUGCCUCAACAAGAACGUGCCUACGGAUAGGGCGGUAUGGUUGGCCAAGUGUGUCGGUGCAAACGAGAUUCGAGCCUUCAAGAGGAAAGGUGUUAAUAACACCUUCGUCAUGGGCGGUGAAGCUAAGUGGAUCAGGGAUUGGACUGUUUUCGUUGAACAAUUCGUUGAAGGGGUUGUUUCCUCUUUUGGCGAUGCAGAGUGGAAGUCCAAAGUCAAUUAUGCUAUUCGCCUUGCAACGCAUCUCUACGCCGAGCAUCUGUUAGAUCGAGAGCGUUAUAUGGACUGGCUAGUCUCAAGCCUUGAGAACAGCCCGCACUCCAAACUACCCAUGUGGAUGCUCAUCACGCAAAUAUAUUGGAAGGACGUCCUUCGCCUACGGAGACAUGGCCGUCGACUGGUCGCUUCCCUCUUGGGCCACCUAGCUACGGUGGGCAUCUUCGAUUACCCAUGUCAAGCCUCUGUUCGCUAA